GAACGCAUCUUCAGUUCAGAAGUAGCCGGACAAGAAAAGACGGACGUUCGCGGAGUCCGUCGCAGGAAACACGCCACCGAGUUCCGUACAGAACUGCUACGACUCGUAUCCAUGUAGUGUACUUUUACACAAAGUUCUGGGCAUUUGGAGGGAUGUGGGAUUCCUACCUGAGACCCAGAGGCUCAUGCUGACUGAUGAAGAGGAGGCUUUACCUGCUCCUACGCCCACCGGCUCCACUGUUAUGUCCCCAGGAGAACUGAUACGUGGAUGACAGUGUGAGCCAGGGGAAUUCAGCUCUCGGGCCAAAAUAUCCUCACACGGAGCCAAAAAGAAACCUGUUCUAGUUUACCCUAAAAACAUAGACUCGCUCCCAGCCAGCCGCUGCCAUGUUGAUGCCAGGACCACUGUGGGUGUGCCUGGCGCUGAUAUGGGUGAGAAGCUGCAGUUCCCACAGUCUGUUUACCUGUGAGCCUAUCAGAGUGCAUCGGUGUUUGGGGAUGCCCUACAACAUGACCUUCUUUCCCAACAUGAUGGAGCACUAUGAUCAGGAUAUUGCAGCCAGUAACAUGGAGCCAUUCAUGCCCCUGACAAACCUGCGCUGCUCUCCAGACGUCCACCACUUCCUUUGCCAAGCCUUUUUCCCAGUAUGCACCGAAGAGAACAACGUGUUUCGUCCAUGCAGAGAGGACUGUGAGGCCGUUCUGUUCGACUGCGAGGAAAAUAUUCGCGUCUUUGGCAUCACCUGGCCUCCUGAGCUGCAGUGUGACAAGCUGGAGCCAUGUGGCUUAUCUUAUGGUUCUAUGAUUCCUCCAACCACUCCAGUGAUCUCUGAAGCUGCUAAAAGAGACCUUGGGUUCUGGUGCCCACUGCAGCUAAAAACCAAGCCGGGUCAUGGCUCAUCAUUCCUGGGGGCCCAGGACUGUGCUCCUCCUUGCUCCAACAUGUACUUCAAACCCCAUGACAUUGAAUUUGCCAAGAGUUUCAUUGGCGUGUGUUCCAUCAUCUGCGUGUGUGCUACGCUCUUCACCUUCCUCACUUUCCUGAUUGAUGUCAAGCGUUUCCGCUACCCCGAGCGCCCCAUAAUCUUCUACGCCGUCUGCUACAGCUUUGUCUCGCUCAUAUACUUUAUAGGUUUCCUGUUGGGGAACAAUGCAGCGUGCAUCAAAGCAACCCACCCUGCCAGUGUGGACACAGUGGUGCUGGGCUCUCAGAGCAAAGGCUGCACUCUACUUUUUAUGCUUCUCUACUUCUUCUCCAUCGCUGGUAUUGUCUGGUGGGUCAUACUCACCAUCACAUGGUUUCUGGCAGCUGGACCCAAAUGGAGCUGCGAGGCUAUUGAGAAGAAAGCGGUGUGGUUCCACUCUGCUGCCUGGGGUAUCCCCGGUGCACUGACUGUCAUGCUGCUGGCUCUGAACAAGGUUGAAGGCGACAGCAUCAGUGGAGUUUGCUUUGUGGGGCUCUACGACCUGGACGCAUUGCGCUACUUUGUUAUUGCUCCACUGUGUGUCGGCGUCAUAGUCGGCCUUUUUCUCAUUCUGGCAGGUAUCGUUUCUCUCAACCACGUCCGGCAGGUCAUUCAGCACGACGAGCGCAACCAAGAGAAGCUGAAGAAGUUCAUGAUCCGCAUCGGUGUGUUCAGCUGCCUCUACUUGGUCCCGCUGGUCACCCUGUUAGCCUGCUACACCUACGAACAGAGUUACCGCAGCACCUGGGAGAACACCUGGAUCAACGACCGCUGUCAGGAGUACAGCAUCCCCUGCUCUUACAAGACUACGGAGCACGACCGUCCUGACCUCUCUCUGUUUCUGGUAAAAUACUUGAUGACACUCAUCGUUGGAAUAUCUGCAGUGUUCUGGGUCAGCAGUAAAAAGACCUGCUCAGAAUGGGCCUACUUCUUCAACAGAACCCGCAAAAGAGAUCCCAUCAGUGAGAGCCGCCGGGUGCUUCAGGAGUCCUGCGAGUUCUUCCUCAAGCACAACAGUCGCGUCCAGCACAAGAAGAAGCACUACAAGCCGAGCUCCCACAAGCUCAAGGUUAUCUCCAAGUCCAUGGGCACGAGCACGGGCCUCACACCCUCCAAUGCCUCCACCACAGUCAAUCAAGGCACCUCUGCGCUGGGCAACCAUGAGCACCACAUGCAAGGCUCCCUGUCUGAAAUGUCAGCCAGGGAGCACCUGGACAGAGGAACCUCCAGCCGAAGCUCCAGGAGGGGGGAGAGAGAGAGGGAGGUGGGAGAGAGACGCAGCAAAGGGGGGAGCUCCAGUAAGGUCAGCAGCCGCUCAGAGAGCAUGCACAGAGUUGCAGAUGGGAGGAUGACUCCAAGGAGCGAGCUGUCUGAGAACAGGCCACUUCCCAUUGGACAGCAGCUGCAGCAUCCAGCUUUAAAUCUAUCACACACCAGUGGAAUCCAAGACUCCGCCCACCAGAUGGUGCACCAGGUGCCAGAGGAGAGCAAGGACCCAAAGGACAGCAGCUGUUGACACGUCUGACCUGCCAAAAUGAUGUAUUCAUCCAUCCAUCCAUGAAACCACUGCAGCCACACUCGAUACUAGUGGAUGUGUACCUGUUGGGUUAUAAUAUCUGAUAGAUUACAGCCAGUUAAUGUUCAUUGCCAGCAAAAUGGAACAUAUCCCAAGUAUUUCAGCUGUGGUAUGUUGGACCAGAAUCUGUGGGUUUUGAUUGAGUUUAAAGGUUUUAGAUGAUGUAGUUUGUUUGGGUGACGGCUGUGUCUUCCAGCUUUACUGUCAUUUUAGCCUGAAUGUUGCAGAUGCACAGGUUUAUCCAUCCAUACAGCUACCAAUGUUCACGUAAUGUAAUCGCAUGCUCUUUUAUAGAUGGAUAGUUCAAUGACAUAGAAUGCAUGCUAGUACACAAACACUAUAUUUAUGUAAAUAUUCUUUUUUAUAGUAGAAAUUAAGUUUUUUAAUGGACUAGUUGCGACACUGAAAGUUUUGUUAGAAAGGUCAUGAUAUUGCCAAACAUUCAGCCGAGGGAAGCUCUUCCUGUGGUGAACUGAUCCUGAAUGUCUUAUUGUUCUUCCUGGAAGAUGAUUUGAAAUCUCCUCCUGUGAUACGCGUUAUGUGCCUCUUUUUAUUGUUCCUUAAACUUGAUGUAGUUCAUUAUUAGAGAAUUUUGAAUAUGUGCUUUUGUUUUUGAAAACUUUUCUUGAAAGAUAUUUUUUCAUUUUACGCUCAUUUCUUACUUGUUCCUGCUGUACAAACCCUUGUUGUGCUGCGGCGUCUUCAGAAACGUGUCCUGUGGAUUUGGGUUCAGUGCAGCUUUGUAGUUUUCUCAAAGAAUGUGCCUCAUCUUCAAAGAUCCUCCAAAAGAAAAAAAACUGCAGAUGUUUUACAUGUGUGAUGCUGUAAAUUCAUAGACUUUGAAUCAAAUAGAGGAAGCCAAUCAAACAGGAUUUGCACUAUUUAUCAGUAGAAGCACAAACCACUAAUUAUUAAUUACAAUUACAAAAUGAGCAUUUAGAGAUUUAUUUGGGGGUUAUUUAUAACAUAUGGGUCACAGACCACAUAUCUGGACUUCAAGUACUUCCAGAACAACUGCUGUGAUUUAUUUGAGAGUAAGUCUUGCUAUAAUGUCUGUUCUGCUGUGCAAGGAACUGAUUUCCUUUUUAUAUUUGGGAGUCACAGCAGAAUUUCCGAUAACACUAAUUAAAAGGGAAUCUUGUAUGUUUCUGCUUUAUGUUUCUCCUCUGGCAUGUGGACGGGCUCUUGUUGUAUCCAGACCUAGUUUAGCUAAGAAAUGCUCCUUGUGAGACACUUAUGCUGCAUUUUUUAAUGUAUCUUUUCAAUAAAAUUUUGUAUCAGUGCUGUUUCAUUUUGGAUGAAUAUUGAAUUAAAAAUUAAUUUCUG